AUGCCUUUAAAGCCCUAGAAAACAAUUAGAGAUUACUUAAAAGUAAAACGCAAAUUGUUCUUAGACUAACUGAGCCAAAUCCUCUCUGAAAUUGACCAAAACUAUAACAUUAAGUUAUCAGCCAAAUAAUUUGUAACACGAUACUUUCAAUAUAUACUUGAAUGUAAUGAGAGAAAACUCAGAGGUGAUACAAGUGAGUUUGUCUAUGAAAUGGGUGAUUAUUUUAAAGACUUCAAUCUGAAAUAUUUUUUUCCUAAGCAAAUUUGGUAAUUCAGUGUUACAAAGACCUUGAUCAAUAGUCUAUAAAAUGCUUCAGAAUUGGAUAUCCUUCAUAUCUUUAUACUAUUAAAUUUAGUAUUGCAAGGUAAAUUUGCUAUCUCGUCAGCAUCACUUAUUGAAGUCCUCCCAUAUGAAGGAGGGUAUACCAAAUAUCCCUUUGAAUAUGAUUAUAUGAUAGCUUUCAGAUACCGCAAUCUAGUAAAAAUAGUUAUCUAAAUUAUUCCUGUAUUGUAUCCAAUUUUAAAUGAAGAAGGUAACCCUAAACAUUUUGAAUUCCAUCAUGAACUAAUUUUGGUUGGAUCGAUACCUGAUAUUUAGAAGGAUAACUAUUAAGAAAUAGAUAAGUAUUUCAGAAAUUAGUAAACCUCCCCUAAUUAUUUUCCCAAUAUGAAAUUAGUUAAAGAAUAGAAAGGAGAUGCAUAAGUAUUAAAUGAAAUAAAGAUUGGUGAGAAUCCUAAAAAUUGGAAGGAUUUGAUGCAUCCAAGGAAAUUUGAACUAAUUCUGCUAGAUGGUAACGAUUAUGUGUAUAAUCCAUAAUUUAAACGAUGGAUUUCAGUUUCUACUUAAGAUAUCUUAAAUAAAAAAUUAUAGAAAAUGCAAGCAUUUUCAGCUAACCAUUAUUUGAUAUAAAAAUAUAGUAAGUAACCAUCAGCAUUCUAACUGUUUAAAAUAAUUUAAAAUAUUCCAAAUUUCAAAGUUAAUUUAACAAAAGAGCAAUAAGAGAUUAUAUCAUUUAAUGGAGAUGGAUUGGUAAUUGGUAGAAGUGGCACAGGUAAAACCACUUGUGCUUUACUAAGACUCUUCACGACAGAUAUUCUAUUUAAAAUCAGAAGUAAAUUGGAUUAAAUUAAUUAUUAAACAAGUGAAAUAUAACUUAAUUAAUAAUAGUAGGAUUGCGAAUUAAAGACUGUCUUUGUUACAGCCAGUCCCUUAUUAGCAUGCUAAGUUAAAAGAUUAUAUGAUAGAUUAAUUUCAAGCAUUUAGGAUGUCAUAAAUAAGAAAAAAAACAGGCAAAGGAAUUAAGUAGACAUUCAAGUGUAAGGUGACCAAGAUGAAAUAGAUCAGAGCACUUUUUAAAUAAUAGAUGCAAUUAAAAAUGAUUAAGAACAAUAAGAAUAACAACAGUAAAAUCAAGAAGAUGAUAUUGAUGACUAAGACAUUGAUGAAUAUGAAAAAGAAAUGGGAGAGUAUUAAAGAUUUUCUGAUAUCAACCAAUUUCCAAUAUUUUUGACAUUGAGAAAGUUUAUUUUUUUGGUUGAUGGUUCAUUAAUGAAUUCAUUUUUCGCUGUUUUCGAUAAUAAAUAGAAUAGAGGAUCUCAAUGGCAUAAUGAAUAAUUUGGAUAGAUGUCCAUAUCUCAAAUUAAUGAAGCUAUGCAAAAGAAGUUGGAGUAAUAUAACUAAAAAUUGAUGGAUGAAAUUGAUAAUUCCGAUUUUAUUCAAACAAAAAUGCAUGAAGUCACAUAAAAUGUUUUUGUAAGGAUUUUUUGGCCAAAGAUAGUAGGUGCCAUUAAAUCACAGUUUAUAACGCUUAAAUUUUGUGAUCCAAUUUUUGUUUGGUCAGAGAUUUGCACCAAAAUUAAAGGCCACGAAACAUCCCAUAAGUAUCCUGAUAAAUAUAUAGAUUUUGACAAUUACAAAAAUUUAUCAGGAUUAAAUAAGGAUGAAUGUAGUUUUAUUUAUGAGGCUUUCUAAAUUUAUGAAUAAUAUAAAUAUUAAUUAGGAUAUUAUGAUUUGUUGGACUUGGUAAAUCACAUUAAUUAAGAGUUAGCAAAUGGGAAUGAUUUCAUUGAAAAUGUUCAUUAUCUAUUGCUUGAUGAGUUAUAAGAUGUGCCAAGAGCAGUAUUAAUAUUGUUAGAUCAACUCACAGAACUUGGCUUAUUUUGCUGUGGAGAUAAUGCUUAAAACAUAGCUAAAGGGAUAGGUUAUAGAUUUUUCGAAGUUUAAAACUGUUUAUUGUCUACUAGAAAUGAAAAGAAGAAGACAUAUAGAAAUCUGAAAAUAUUUGAUUUGAGCAUCAACUUUAGAUCUCAUAACCAAAUCUUGUAAUUAGCCAACUCAGUGAUAAGAAUGAUCGAGAUAUUCUUUCCACAAAAAAUAGAUAAACUAAAUAAGGAAACAUCAAAUUUGUAAGGUCCUAAGCCUAUUAUUAUUAAGAGUGAUGACGUUGGUUAAUUGUUGAAUAAUCUAUGUGAUUUCUUCUCUAAUGAUAAAAACACAGUUGAAUUUGGUUGCAAUCAAGUCAUUAUUGUCAAAGAUCAGGAAUCUAAGACCAGAUUGCCUAUUGAAUUGUAAAAUGUCUUAUGCUUAACCAUCUAUGAAGCUAAGGGUUUAGAAUUCGAUGAUGUGAUAUUAUUUAACUUCUUCCAUGAUUCAACUGCAUCCAUCGAAGAUUGGUAAUCUCUUAAUGAUUUAGAACCGUACUCAGAACAUCUAAAGAAGAUUGAUUAUGAAAGAUUUAUAACAAUUCAUCAAAAUGAAGUAAUAUAAAGCACUGAAGGGAAGGAUAAUGAAUUAGUAUAAGUCUGGUAAUUGAAAAUGAAAAAAAAAGUUGAGAACUAUACAAUAUCAAUUGAUUUGUGUUAAGAACUUAAGCAACUUUAUGUAGCAAUCACGAGACCUAAAAAUAGAUUAAUUAUUUUCGAUUAAUCUUCAGAAAAGAGAAGAAAUAUUCAAAAUAUAUGGAUUCAACUAGAUACAGUCAAUGUUAUUGGCUAAUAAGUACAACCAAAGGAUGUUAUUUUUUAAUUAGAAUCAUAAAAUAAUAAUAAGGAGAACUGGAAAAGGCAGGGUCUUAAAAUGUUUAGAAUGAAUAAUUAUGACCAAGCAGCAAAAAGUUUCAAAUUUGCAGAAGAAAAAGUAUUAGAAAAGAAAUCUAUUGCAUAUAAUAUUGUAGCUAAUAAUGCUCAUGUAGUUAAUGAUAAUUUACACCUAUUCCAAGAAGCAGCUAUGCUUUUUGAAGAAAUUGGAUUAUUUUAUAGAGCUGCCUAAUGUUAUUUCACAGCUAAAUAGUUUGAGAAAGCAUAAGAUUUGUAUGAAAAAAUAGGUAAAAUGAAUGAGAUGGCUGAAUCAGCAUACUUUGCUCGCAAUUACUCAAAAGCAGCUUAGACUUUUGAAAUCCUGGGCGAUAUUAGAAGAGCUAUUGAUUGUUAUAGAUUAAUACGAGAUUGGGACAAUGUUAUAAUCAUAUUAAAUAAGUACAAAGAUCAAUUCAGUCAGAAAGAGAGGAUGGCAUUCUUAAAUUAAUUCUUUCCUAAUUAUUUAUAAAGUUUAGCUUUGGAGAUAGAAGAGACAGGUGUAUCAUAAAAUGAAUCCAAUCAAGUAUAAGAAAUCUAAGAAACUAAUACAUAAGGCGAAUUAGUUUUAAAUCAAUCAGAUAGUUUCACAAUCCAGAAUUCAGUACUUAAUAGAUCUGAAAAUUAAGGGGAUUCUUAAUUAGUUAGUGAUUAAAUCAAUAAUUAGAAUCAAAAUGAAUCUAGUUUGGAGAUAUUAAAUAUUGAAUAGGAUGAGCAAUCUCAAUCAUAAUCAUUUUAGAUUGAAAAUCAAGAUGAGAAUGAAUAAAAUAUGGAUCAUUUGUCUAUUUUUGAUCCUGAUGAUGAAUGGUUGCUAUAAGAUUAGAAAUCAUUGAUCAAAUCAAUGUCAUCUAAGAUCAGUCAUCAAUCAGAAUUCUCAAACAUUAUACUUUUGAAUCAACCACCUCAAAUAUCUUUGUUAAAGUAAAAAAGCAAUAUAUUUAUUUCAAAUAAAGUAUUGUAGAAAUUGAUUAAAAAAUCACAAUUAUUCUCUUAGGAAUUUAGGAAUCACUUAGAGUCAUAAAAAUGCAAGCAAGUUUAAUUAUCUAAUAGAAAGGAUGAUGAUAAAGAGUUUGAUCACAUGAUCAACUUUGUUUAUGAUUUGGAAAACAUUGAUAUAGAUUCAAUUUAUAUGAUUUUGGAUAUUUUGGAGUAAUUUAAGAGUUAUAAAUUGUGUAUUUACUUAUGCAAUUACUUUAAAUUAGCUUCAUAUCUAGGAAGAUAUGUAGUUUCCUUAACCUCCAGCUAUUCUCCAUUGACGAAAAAUAAAUCGUCAGUUUAUAUUUAGAUGAUUACUUUGGGAUCUUACAGAAGGAAUCUACUUGAAUAAUCAGCUUUAUCUUAAAUAGCAUUUGAUAAUAUAAUCGAAACAAUUAAUCCGAUAUUCUCAACAUUUAAAUAUGAAGAAGAACUAAAUCUUUGUAAUAGUUUAGGAUUGAAUUUUUAUUAAGAACUAAUAGGAUUAGGUUUUUGGAAGGCAUUAAUAUAUUCAUUAAACUAUAGGCAUUCCAUGGAUUUGUGUAUGUCUUUUAACAACUUUUCAGAUGCUAUUGAAAUAUUUAAGAAAAUGAAGUAACACAAAAAAUCAGAAUUAUCAGAGGAGGAAUAAUUUAGAUUAAGAAAAAUUUAGUAUUAUCAAUUUAUUAAAUCAAUUAAAAGUUAGUAGGAUAAGGUAGUUGAUUUUACAAAUACCCUUGAUGACGUUUUUUAGAUCACAAAGAACUAUUAUAUGAAAAAACAAAAAGAAAUAAACGAAGUUGAUUUGGAUUAAUUAAUAAUUAAUGCUAAUAUCAGUAAGAAAAACUUGACUUUUAAUGAGCAACUAAAAUAAAUAGAGGCGAUAAUAUUAAGUUUUGAUAUCCUUAAAUCAAUUAGAGAUUUCUCAUAUGAGAAUUUUGUAGGAUUAUUUUAACUACUGGAAUAUUUCCAUGAUAAGUUGAUUUCUUAUCAAAAUUAAGAGAAUAUCAAUGAAGCAUUAUUAUUUUGCUAUGGAAUCUCAAUUCCAAAGGGGGAUAUUAUGAGUCAUUAUUCUCAUUCUUUAUUCAUACACAUAUCAUCGAAACUUAUUAAACAAGUAGUAAAAGAAACUCAUAAUAAGGAUAAUGCUUAGAAAUAACCAAAUUGCUUAACUUUUGUAGAUAUUGGAUAUGAGUAUAUUUCUAUUCCAUUUGAACAAGCUAUUGAAGAAAUAAAAAUCUCUUUUUUUUAGAGGAUUUAGCAGAUGUUGAACCAUUAAUCAUAAAGGCUAAAGGAAUUUUAUAAAGUCCAUGAUGAUGAAUUUUUUUCAUUGAGUUCCCAAGAAUAUUGGGAAGAUACAUUAGCAGAGCUCUUAGUAUUUGUAAUGCUGGAAUAAUCUAUUAAAAAGCUUUAAAGCAAGAUUAAAUAGAAAAAAGAAGUGCAACCCAUUUCUAUUCAUUAUUCAAAAUAGAUGGAAUCAUAAGAUAAUUCAAUAGUUGAUUCUGAGACAUCCUAGACUCUACAACUGAUAUAGCGGAUUAUAUUGAAAAAUAAUUUUAGAAUAAUUGAAACUCCUAAUUAUAUCAAAAGUAUCGUUCGCGAGAUUUCCUUAGGUUUGAUUUUGCGUAAACAAGAUAGGAAUCAUUCCAAUAUGAUAAUGGCAAUUAACUUAUUAAAUUUGACUGAUUAAUUAUCUUUUGGAGUUUUGAUCUUUUCAAGUUAGAAAAAAGGAUAUGAAGUUUUUUUGCCAUAUCUCAAAUAUAUUGAGUUUCUUGAAUGCUAGCAUUUUGGUAUUAUUGAGGAUUCCGCAGGAUGUUUUUUAGAUUAUAGUUAAUAUGUAAUGGAAAAGUUUUAUUUAGAUGAACAAUUAUGUCAUGUAAUUAGAAUAGGUUUAAAUAUUCUAGUUUCUUUAUUGUGUUACAGUUAAUAGAAAUUAACAAUAUUGAAAGGCUAUAAAGAUUAUUUAAAUAAGAUUGAGAAUGUUGAUGAACAAUGUUGUAAAUUAGAGGUUGGAGUAUUCCAAAUAAACAAUUAAUAAGUAAUAUUGGAAUAUUUAGAGUAUCUAUUUGAAUUUUACUAAUACUGUUGUUCAAAUUAUUACUAGGAUAAAAUCAAAUAAUUUUUGUUUAUAUUCGCUAUAAAUCUUCUAAAUACCCAAUAGGUUAAGGUUAUAAAGAGCCUUAUUUAAUACUUGUAAUAAGACGAAAAACUAAAAGCCUUUAAGAGAUUACAGGAUACUUUGGCUAAAGAAUUGUCAGGAAAUAAGAAGGAAGUUUAACAUAAGAAAAAUAUAUUAAUAUCUCAUUUAAGUUAUUUAGAGGAAGAUAUAGUAGAAGUCGAAAUUGUAAAUAUCAAAUCUGGGUAACAGUUGGAUUAAUAAUAUGAUAAAUGUAUUUAGAUAUGGAAUGAUUAUCAAGAUAAUUCAAACUCUAAGAUGGACUGCAUGAAAUAGUUGAUUAAUAAGUGGAAUGGGUAUAGAAAGAAUCAUAAAAUAAAUCUGACUGAGUAGAUAAAGUAGAAUUUACAGUUUUGGAGAAGUUUACAAUAUUAUAAGAUAGGAUAUGAUAGACAUCAAUGUUUGAGGACAUGUGUAAAUUUAAGGGACUUAAACAGAAAUAUGAAAAAGCACAUUUCCAAUUUUAAUGAAGAUUUACAAUUGAGUGUAUCUUUAUAGAGACAAUUAUUAAAGGAAAGAUAAAAUUAUAUUAACUCUUUUGAUAUCCACCUAUUAAAUUCAUUUUUGAAUGAUUUGGGAGAAUAUUUGAAAGAAUUGUUUAGGGGAGAGGACGUGCAUACAAAGGUGAAAUAACUGGAAGUUGAGUUUAGAAAUUGGAAGGAGAAUAAAGAAGAGGAUGGGACGUAUUAAAAGAUGAUGGAAUUGAAUAGGUAGUUGAUAGUUUAGAAGUGGAAGAAUUUAAAGGGUGGAGUGAAGGUACAUCAUAAGGGGAGGAGGGAUCAAUUGACAACGAUAUAGGAAGAAGUUACGGAUGAAUUUUAAUAAUGA